AUGCAAGUCUCGGGAUUACAUAUCCGUCUGCUUGAGUACAACUUUGUUGAUGAAACCUUGAUAGCCGGAGACGGCCUCGAACAAGAUUCAGAAAGCAGAUCUGCGGUUGAAGAUAUUGCCGACUCUUCGCAACUUGAUAUCCAUCGGGAGAAUGCUGCAGAAGACCAUGAUGACCAGGUCACCGAGACCCCGUUGGCUAACUCAAAGUCAGCCAGCCCCUACAAUCCCGAGCCCAACCCCAUACAGCCUGCUGAAUCUCCGUCGUAUACCUUACGCGGAUCCGUAUCUUCACAUUUCUCACCCAUCGAGCGCUCUUCUCCACGCGAACCACACCCCAGCAUUCGUGUCCAAGCAAUCCUCCUCCGUUACUAUACCGAAGAAAUUGCGCAUCGCUUCGACCUCUGCGACCCGGAAUAUCAUUUCACUAAUGCGGUCCCUCAGCGAGCACGAUCCUGCCGUCCCUUGCUAAACGCAAUUUUGACCACGUCUGCUCGUCAUUUGUGUGGGCUCGCUCGAUAUCGCAAUCGAGAUGGAACCAUCGAAUGGCAAGGUCAUGCACUUCUAGAGCUGUCGCAGGAGUCCCCGGUCUACUACCACAAUGAAUGCAUCCGAGAUCUACUCGAACUUAGCCUCGACCCUGACCAGGUGCAUAAUGAGAAUCUCCUGGCUGCAGCGGUGAUUCUCCGUACUGAUGAAGAGAUGAACGGGCCACUUACCUAUGGCGAUGAAGACUCCGAGGUCUUUCUUCGCAUGCUAAACAUCUUCAUAGAUGCCCAGAUCCCAUCAACUCAGGUGCCGAUGCAAGACUCGCCACUGGUCCCUUCACCCCAUCUGAAUUUUCAGCCGGAGUUCCAUUCACCGGCAAUAUCACAACCAACGCCUUCGGAAUCCCAGCCACUCCCCUUUUCGCCCAGCAACACAAUCCAACCAGAGGGCGAUGCUAUCACUUUGCGCAGAGCAGUCUUCGCGGUUGCUCUACGACAGGAACUCUUUACAUCAUUUAUGAAGCAACGUUCUCUGCAUUUUCAGCUCUCACAUUACGAGAAUUUUCGAGACUUAUCCCCAGCUCAAGAUGCCGUCUGGGCACACCGCGCCGUGGUCUUUUGCGCCGAUGUCUUCGAGUAUUGCUACGGUAGCAGGAGCGGAUCCGAGGUCUAUCACUACCACCACAGCGGUAUCGAGCGCUGGCACCGUCUACAGCGGUACGAACAACAAUUCAGCAUGGCUCUACCGCCGUCCUUUGAGCCGAUGCACUCGCGGCCCGCAGAUCAUACUCGCGGCGAAGUAUUUCCCGAGAUCUGGCAUCUCAAUACAUACCAUCGCACUGGAAUGGCGCAUCUAGAGCUUGCACGGAUUCUUCUCGCGGUGUUUGACCCUACUCGACCUCGAUUGGGCCCGGGUGCAAUGACCAGUCACCGGGAACUAGGGAAGAGGUUGAGGCAAAUUGUGCUCCGCCUUUGUGGGAUAGCAAUGUGCAACCGGAAAUCGCCACCGGCUUUUAUCGAGGCAUUAAUGGGAAUUUCUACGUGCGGAGAAUACUUUGAACUUCGCCGAGAACAGGAGGCACUUCUGGAAGUGCUAAGGAUCAUACAAGAAGAACAGGCAUAUUCAACGCUGAAGGUCAAGCAUGCUUUGGAAAGAGCCUGGUCUUUGGCAUCUACUGUAUGA